UUGUGUGCGUGAGAGAGAGAGAGGAGAAUCAGGAAGGAUUGCGGCAGCGAUGGCUUUGGGCAGGUACGCGAACGCUCCGCGCUCAGACGAAGGAGAGCAGAGCUGCACUGAGCGCGCUCCGUUUGAUGGCACUCGGGCUGCUAUGGAAACUAAUGAUGUGAGCCGAGCAGCGGAUCAUGAACGCCAGGCAGGUGUCCGAGGGUGAUGCGGAGCGUGUGCGUGAGCCGUGGCUUGGCGACCCGACCCGAGUGCUGGUGACGGGGGUCAUGGGACUGCUGCUGCCCCCUGUCCGUCUCUCAGUCCACCCCGCUGCCUCCAGAGGCCCCAGGGUCCUACGCUCCCUAAGGUUCCAGCCCAGUCCUGAAAACAGCACAGCCGGUGGUGAUUUUCGGUCUUGCUUCUGAGGAUAAUGUCUGAAUCUUCUCUGGACACCAGAAGUUGUGACGUUAUGAAGGUUCUGGAUAGUGACGCGCCGCACAUGGCCGAACCGCCCGCGUCCCUCAACGAUCCCCAACACGUGCCCCAGAACAACGGCACACACGCCCAGGAGUGUGUGACAGACCAAAGUUCCUCCAAUCAAACUCAGCAGCUUGGCCAAUCAGCACAGACUAUUAAAAGGUCCAAGUCCAACGGCAAGUUAAAGUUAGUCCGCAGCUUGGCGGUGUGUGAGGAACCGUCUCCGCCUCCACUCCGAGAACUGACGCACGAACAGGAAAAGAUUCAUAUCGAGCUCAGUCAGUCUUUCGAAAAAGAUGAAACGUCCAUCAAAAAUGAGGACAGUGAGCAAAUCUCAGAACAGCCAGAGAAAACAGACCCACUGUCCAAGAAGACGCUCUCAAGAGAUCCCAGUCAGGACUACACAGACUCCACAGGAGUAAACCUCCACGAGUUUCUGGUCAACACGCUGAAGAACAACCCCCGGGACAGAAUGAUGCUGCUGAAACUCGAGCAAGAUAUUCUGGACUUCAUUAGUAACAUUGAAAGUCAGAAGAGGAAGUUUCCCCCGAUGACAUCAUACCACAGGAUGCUGCUUCACAGGGUGGCGGCGUAUUUUGGGCUGGACCAUAAUGUCGAUCAGACGGGGAAAUCAGUCAUUAUUAACAAAACCAGCAACACUAGAAUACCAGAUCAGAAGUUUUCUGAACACAUAAAAGAUGAUAAAACAGAUGAUUUCCAAAAGCGGUACAUCUUAAAGAGAGAUAACUCCAGCCUGGACCAGGAAGACGGCAGGCUGCGGAUGCGUCUUAAGGACGACAGAAGGAGUAAAUCGAUAGAGGAGCGAGAGGAGGAGUACCAGCGUGCCAGAGACAGGAUCUUCGCCCAAGACGGACAAGAGCAUUUCCCGUUUGAUAAAAGGUAAAAAUAAAAAAAUUUCAUUAACACUCAGCAAAGACGACAGAUAUUCAGAUUGAGAGACGGGCACUCGGGAAACAGUCGUCAGAGCAGCUCCGAGAACGAGCUGAAGUAUUCGGACCCUCGGCCCUGGAGCAGCACGGAUUCAGACAGCUCCCACAGGAACCUGAAGCCCGCCAUGACCAAAGCCAACAGCUUCAGCGGCAUCAGCCUGCUGAUCCGAGGAGACAGUACAGCCAGCAGCAAGAGCUCCGGGAAACUGUCCAAAACCAGUCAGCCUUUUGUUAACCCCGAUGGCAGUCCAGUGAUCUACAACCCCACUAUGACAUCACAGCAGGGGCGGGGCCAGCAGCCCAUGACUCUACAUCCUCCCCCGCCCCCCCCUCCUCCGCCUCUGCCUCUGCCUCCUCCCCCUCAACCUCAGCCAGCCAAUCACCUUCUAGCACAGCAACAGGACGGUUUAAGUGCCCAGUUCAGUCAGAUGAAUCUCGUCCGGCAGCCUUCGGGUGACGCUCCGGACCCCCACACGGGCCUCUACCCACAAUCCCUGGUUCUCCAGAACCCUCCGCCCACCGGCUACAUGCUUCCAUCGACGGGACAGCCCAUGAGCAGCCACACCUACCCCCAUCCCCCAGCCGUCAAUCAAGCGCUCCUGCAGCCGCACGGAUACAUCCAGCAGCCCAUGCAGCAGGUGUCGGCGUGUUACUGCGCUCCGGGACAGUAUUCGCACUCCAGCCAACACUACAGAGCGGUGACGCCGGUACACUACAGCGCCCCCCAGAGUCAGACACUGCCACCGCAGCACACAGGUUUCCAGACGGUCAUGCCCGCUCAACCCCCCAGCUACCAGGGCAUGAUGGGAGUUCAUCAGACUCAGAACCAAUCGCUGGUCGGCUCUCAGGCCGGAAUGGCCAAUCAGAUUCAGAGCGUGAUGGUGCAGUAUCCCACAAUGCCUCCGUAUCAGGUAUCAGAGGGCGUUCCUCAGGCAGCCUAUCAGCAACAGAUCGUGCUGCAGGGACAGACCAAUCAGACGCCAGCGCCCUCCACCGGCAUGCAGGUGUAUUACAGCAUGAUGCCGCCGACGCAACACUCUAGCAUCAGCUCGACCGUUGGUUUCCUCCCUCCGCCGGGUUCAGAGCAGAUGCAGUUUCCCCGACCACCCUCCCCCUGCGGCUCUCAGCCAAUCACAGGCCAGCAGUGCACAGCUGUGCCUCCGCCGCCCCCUACUGGUGGCGUAAUGAUGAUGCAGUUGAGUGUUCCUCCCGGCCAGCAGCCAAGAGCCCCGUCCCCACUACACUGGAAACCCAACCGCUACUACAAACCCAGCGACCUGCUGCCGCAGGACCCCACACAGAAUAAUCCACAGCAGCUGCUAAGCCCCUCCCCCUCUCCAGCUCAAUCGCCAGCUCCCGCCCAUCUAGCCAAUAUGAAGGGGCCUCGUCCUGGCCACGCCCCUUUUCCUAUCAUGCCUCAGUUGUCCCGCCCGUACGCUCCAGGCCAAGGUGAUGGCAGGUAUCCUCCUCUGAUUGGGCAGCCCCUCCAGUAUAACCCCCCCAUCAGACCCCCACUAAUGCACGGCUCUCAUGUGGUCAACCACCACCAUCAUCAUCAUCUUCACCACCACCAGGGUCCUGUGGCUGUCCGGCACGGCAUGCGCAGUCGAAGACCCGCAAAGAAAUCAUUGUCUACUGACAUGAGUGCAGGAGAAAUGGACACCGGGCGUGUUUUGGAGGUGACGGAUCUUCCGGCUGGCAUCAGUCGAGUGGAAGCGGACUCUAUACUGGCAGAACUGAGCAAAGUUGGCGCGCUCAUAAAAUGGCUGCCCAAACCUCCGUCCCCCGGCCAAUCAGAGGGAGCGGACGUUACGAACUCUGACCCUCCCAAACUGCCCCCUCAUGACCUGGCGUCCACGUACACCAUCCUGGCCUUGUUCCCGUCGAAAUACAUGGCGCAGCACGCGCUUCAGAAACUCAGCUGCUCCAUCACCAAAUUCAAACUGAGAACUAGCAAGGAACAUAACGAACAGCACACGCUCGCCAGAUCCAGCUCUCAGUGAGGCCACGCCCCUUCCCCUCUCUCCACCAAUCACCACCAUUGCCUCAGGCUCACUUCCUGCCAUUUCAGUCACACCUUCCUGGUUUUGUUUGUUUUGUUUGUUUGUUUUUGCACCACUAUGGCUUGAUCAAAACGGGUUUCUUUCAAAUGGGGUUUUCACGCUAGUUUGUUUUAAAAAAAAUUAAUUCUAAUGUUGUAGUUGAAUUGUUCUUUCACGGUUUCAGACAAGUUAUCUAGCUUUAUUUACACAAAACCAAAACGAAUUCAAAUGAAUUGUGUUUGGCUUGUUUUUCUGUUCAUCUUGAAUAGAUCAGGAUCGCAAAACUGAAACCGGAGCAUGUUGUUUGGGUUUUUUACCGCAAAUGUCACAUCAUACGUAACAAAGCGCUCUCUUUUUUUUUCUUAAACAAAUGGAAAUAAACAACCAAACAUGCUACAACUGACCCAUGAACAUGAAGACGGGACACAAGGGAACACUUUUCGACCUGUGCCUUUGAGCAGGGACGCACUGUUUACGCCGAACAACGAUAAAGCCAGAAAAACAACGUCCAAAAAUGUGUAAUUUAUACUGUAGACGAAUCCAAAUAAGCAAGUCUGUUUUUUUUUGUUUUGUUUUUUCGUCCGAGUGUCGUCUUGGUUUUUGGCUUUCCAGUAUGUGGACUGAGUGUUUUUGAAUUUUUAACUUAAUUUAAACGUUGAUGAAAACGGCGCAGCGGCCAAACGGAAGGUUUUAUCGCUUUCUUUCUCAUUUCCUGUCUUUGGGACGAUGGACAACAGUCCAUUUAUGGGUUUUUAGAAUUCUUAUCUCAUUAAAAGUCACUGGAAUAAAAGUUUGCACUCUCUCUCACGUCUUUUCCCCCUUUUUUUCUCUCUCUUGCGUUUUUUUCCCCCCGUUAUUUUAUUUUCAUUGCAAGAUGUGUGGACUAUGAAAGGCUGUAAAAUGUUUGCUGGUGCAAGUUGUUUUUAUCUCAGUUUGAAACCAAUAAAUGUUUACACAUAACGGUU